AUGCCUUACACCCUCUCAGUAAACUGCGACCUAUUGGAAGCCGCGAAUUCACGAGGCCGGCUUCAAAAAUUGAUGCAAGUAACAGGCCGCUUAGACAAUGUCACACGCGGUACACCAGGAAUUGGCGUUCAGGGCCUAGGCUCUACUGAGCCUGGAGGGAUGUCGGAUUCCGAGGCAAAUAAUUGCAAGGUCUUCGACAAUCUUUGGGUAUUCACAUCAUCUUUUGGAAUCGAAGUUUGCCUAACUGAAAUAUGGGAGUAUGAACAGCUCAAUGGAGGACAAACUGCCAAUUCGCUGAAGUCAAGAGACAGUAGGAAGAUCUAUGCUAGGGAAGUAUCUUUCGAUAAGCCAGGCGCCCGGUACAACAGAGAGGCUCUGGGCAAAAUGACUUGA